AUGGCACCUCCGAGCGGAUCUGCAUCAUACAAGAAGAAAGACGGCACCUUGAGUCUCGCCAAAGAUGAGCAGACUCUCAUCUGGACUCCAGCCUCAGCUGGAGCUCAAGUCAUCGUGAUCACGGUGGCCGCUAUCACCAAUUUACAACAAACCCCGCCGACCAACCCAAAAGUGAUGUUAAAGAUCUUCGCACAGCCCCCCAACGCACCUGCUGGUGCACCGUCAGACAACUACGUGUUUCAAUUUACAGCUGUCGACGGUGCUCGCGCACAAGCCGAUGCUAUCAAAGACGCUCUCAGUGUCCGAGUUAAUGCUAUAAAGGCAGGUACGCCAUCACAACCUGCGACGCCUGGCGAUGGAGCAUCAGGAAUUUCAGCAGCGAUGGCGAUUGCCAAUGCAGUCUCAUCUGCCGGGUCAUCGAAAAAGCCGUGGGAUGACGAUAAGCGACUGAGCGCAGACGUGGACCUGCAGCAAUCCCUACUAAAAGCAGAUCCUAUACUGCAACGCAUGUUUAUGGACUCUUUGCAUACUAAACCAGAGACAUUAACUUCAGCCCAAUUCAUGUCGCAGUUCUGGUCAACACGUCUCCAUCUUCUGCGAGCGCAUGCAAUCGAACGAGCCCAGACUCGGGGCUCAUACAACGUCCUCUCAUCACUGAAGCCCCGCGUGGAAGAUAAUGUGACCCGGUUGAAUAUUAGCAAGGAGCAGAUUCAACUCAUUUUCACCCAGCACCCGCUUGUCAAACGGGUGUAUGAUGAGAAUGUGCCCAAGCUGAGCGAGCAGCAGUUCUGGUCGCGAUUCUUCCAGAGUCGACUGUUUAAGAAGCUCCGUGGAGAGCGUAUCUCAGAGGCAGAUGCCACUGAUGCGGUUCUGGACAAGUAUCUCCAGGAAGAGGCUCCAAACGCAGAGUUGACAGCCAAUGUCCCGAAUUUCCUGGACCUGGCUGGUAACGAGGGUCAUAACAGUCAGCGCCGCGGAAACCGGCCGGAUCUGGAUAUGCGGCCCACGGGGUUAGACAAAGUGCCCAUUAUCAGGACACUUAAUAGAUUGAGUGAAAACAUUAUGGCUAAUGUUGCGCCAGCAGAUGGCGAUAUGAAUGCCCCGGCUGGUAUAAAUGAGGAAGCAUGGGCCAAGAUGCAGCUGCAAGAUCUUCGUGGCGACGAGGCACAGGCCCGCAUCACUCUCAACAUUCGUGAUCAGAAUCGAUUCUUCUCAGAGACCAAGGAGAACGAGCAGCAGCGGGCGGUUGCGCAGCAGGAUCCUGACCAGCUCCUGCAAACCCUCCGUGCAGCUAUUGCGCAAGAUCUUCCAUCUGAUGGAUCUGCGCCGCUUCAAAAACUCGUCGACCCCGGCGAGGAUGAAGACGAGGAGAUGGAAGAUGUACCUGCCAGUCGACAACCUGUCGGAUCCACUGCAGCUCUACACGAUGCAUUUGCGCAGAUUCUAGGUGCGGUGCGCGAGCGACGAAGCCAGAUGAAUGAGGGUGCAGCCUCUGAUACGCAUGGGCUUUCACCGGCACUAUAUGAUCGCUUGACGCUGACACACGCGACAACGACCGAGUUCCUGCAUCAAUUCUGGCAGGCAUUCCUGUCGGGUGACCCCGAGCGCGCCAACGAAGUGAAAUCCCUGUCAGAAUCGCUGCACCGAGCAGGAGUGCGCAUCCAGGCCGUGGCAGACUCUGCAGAGGCAGAGCGACAGGUGGAAGUUGACCGAGUCAAACAGCAUGUCCGCGACGUAUUUUCAAAAAGCGGACAUAAGCUGCGGCCAAACAUAGAAGGUAUCGAAGGAGGUCAAAAAAUCGUCAAUCAGCUGCUUGGCCCUACAAAGCAUGCAUUAGAUACUGCUUUGAAACGGUACCAAACUGCAUUGGCAGAGGAGAUUAAAGAAGCAACGGCUUUAUCCAUUUAA